UGGAUCGCAGAGGGCCUCACCAUGAUAAAACGGGCGGCUGCUGCUGCAGUAGGAGGAGCCCUGGCCGUGGGGGCUGUGCCCGUGGUGCUGGGCGCCAUGGGCUUCACCGGGGCAGGAAUCGCUGCCUCCUCCAUAGCAGCCAAGAUGAUGUCUGCAGCCGCCAUCGCCAACGGGGGUGGAGUUGCUCCAGGCAGCCUGGUGGCUAUUCUACAGUCAGUGGGGGCAGCUGGACUCUCCACGUCAUCCAACAUCCUCCUGGCCUCUGCUGGAUCAACUUUUGGGGCCUUGCUGGGAGGUUCAAAAAAGGUACCCCCAGGUGGACCCAAGGCUGAAGGCGACCAGCCAGGAGAAAAUGCAUCCCAAGGUGAAGCUCCAAAGCCCCCACUCAGGUCAGAGAAGCCUGAGAAAUAAAGAUCACGGCAGAUGCAC